AUGCAAGAUUCCGAUGAUCGAGUAAUGCUGUGUCCUUUCAUCGGCUAUGCUAAAGAACCAAUACUUCCGCUUGCUGAUGCAUGCAUGCCAUUAAUAUUUAUUAUUCCCGAUAUACUCAUCUAUGUUUCAAUGGCCCUAGCAUGCACUCCAGAUAAUCCACCCGAUGAGCUGACUCGCGAUGAAUCAGCUUCAAUUCAUCUUUACACAAUGGAGUGGAGUAAUACAAGCAGAAGUCUUUAUUCCCAUCUUAACCAUACACUUAAGCGAGGUGAUCCAGAGGAAUUACAACCAUGGUUCAAAUAUCUUAAACUUUUUCUUACGGCCUUGGUUAAAAUACCAUGUUCAACAGCACAGAUUGCAUGGCGUGGUGUACGAAAAAAUGUUACUAGUGAAUUUCCGAAAGGAGCUCAAAUUACAUGGUGGGCUUUCGCAUCUACCACAAAAUCGCUAGCCGUGUUAGAGAAUGAUCUCUAUUUGGGCACAACUGGAGAGAGGAGUCUAUUUUCCAUUGAAGUAUUAAAUGGCAGGAAUAUACGUGCUCAUUCAUAUUUUCAGGACGAGGAAGAAAUUUUACUGUUGCCAGGAACAUUCAUGGAAGUACAAUCACUAUUAAAUCCAGCACCUGAUCUGCAUAUCAUUCAUUUAAAACAAAUGAUACCGAAAGAAUCACUAGUGGAACCUCCAUUCGAAGAUGCGCAGCUUUAUCCAAAAAUCGAACCAUCAAGUCGUCGUUGGUAUAUCCAGAAAAAGUUUUUGAUUCCAAUGAGCAUAUUGGUACUGGUAUGCAUCAUGGCAGUCAUUCUUGGAUCUAUUCUGGGAACAAGACGUAGAAAUAAAACAUCAGAUCCAAUAAUCAAUUGGGGUGGACAGAAUUGGGCCAUGUCCUGUGAUUUUCGUGGGAAUGAUCUGUCUCAAGCCAACAGUUCAGCAGACAAGUGUGGUUCCGAAUGUUUUGAAAAGAAGGAAUGCACUCACUAUACGUGGACCACGUUGAAUGGUGGUACUUGUUGGAUGAAAACGGGUAAUGUCUCUAAGGCUGAUGCAUUCCUAACUAAUGAUACAACCAUGGUCUGUGGUGUUAGAGACGAUUUCCAGCCAGACGUAUCGAAUCUCCCCAUCCAAUGGAAUGAAAUGAAUUGGGCCCGGUCCUGUAAGUUCUAUGGGAAUGGUCUGCCUUACAUACGAAUUCCAUCAGAACUUUGCCCUGAAAAAUGUGCUCAAACGAAGAAAUGCACUCAUUAUACGUGGACAACGCUCAGUGGUGGUACUUGUUUGAUGAAACAGGGUAAUGUAUCUAAAGAUGAUGCACGCUUCACUAAUGAUCCAACUAUGAUCUGUGGUAUUGUAAAUGGCACCCAGCAAGGUGUAACGAAAUCUCCCAUCCAAUGGAAUGAAACGAAUUGGGCCAUGUCCUGUGAUUUUUAUGAUAAUGAUCUGAGUAAUGUCAGAAUUUCAUCAAAACUUUGCCGUAGCACAUGUGCUCAAACCCAACAAUGCACUCAUUAUACGUGGACAACGUUCAGUGGUGGUACUUGUUGGAUGAAAAAGGGUAAUGUUUCCAUAGAUGAUGCAUUCUUCACUAAUGAUCCAUACAUGAUGUGUGGUAUAAUAACGAGUGUAAAACAUCGAGAUACAAAACGUCUUUGA